CAAUGCUUUCCCUUUUCUCGAAAAAAAUAGUUUUGCAGGUGUAAUUAUGUAAAGAGUGAGAAGAAAACAAAUAAAGCUUUCUUUGUUUGGUUCCUCUGACUUUUAUGAUUUCUCUCUCUCUCUCUCAGACUUGUCUGAAACUUUUCAAGAACUCAGAUUCGUCUUUUAUAAUCUACUCCUCUUAAAUCAAGAUCCAAAACAGAGCGAAGUUUUGGUUAAAUAAAGAUUCGAAUCAGAGACAUCAUAACUCAAACACCAAUGGAUAACGAGAAUAUCUCGACUUCUCUCUUUUAACUAGCUCUGUUUUAUUUUGUUUCAACUUUUACAUAAAGUUUCCAAAAUGGUGGAAAAAUCUGAUGACGAAAAGCAUUUUUCUUGGUGUUGCUUGCUUUUACAGCUGUCAUUGCUGUUCUUUCUUGUAACCCUUAUUGCAUCUUUAGCUUUCCUCUGUUUCUUAAGCUCUCAUGGGUUCUCCUCCUCUCUCCUUAUAACCAUGUCAAUCUUGUUCGUCUCCACUUCUGUUUUCUUUCUAAGGUCUUUUAAGAAAAAGACAAGACGAUGUUUAGUUGAGAGAUCCCAAGAAGAAGGCUAUGAUGAUGAGUAUGAGGAUGAAGAUAGUCUCAUUGAGAUUGCUCUUGUGAGUGAAGAAGUAGAGACUAUAGAGGCAAUGAGAAACAUUAAUCGAAGUCGACAGAGACUUAGUAGGAUUGGUGAUGAUGAUGAUGAUCAAGAAGAUGAGAUUGACGAUGUGAAAAUGGAAGAAGAUAAUCUUAUUGAGAUUGAUAUUUCCAUUGGAUCUAUUAAAAGACGAAUGUAAUCUUAUUUCAAUAGAUCUCUCAUGAUCACACCAUCGUUUCCGGUGUUUUAUUUUCCAUUUCAAAUGUGCAAAGACAAUCCAACAUUUGUUUAAUGUAUUAGUGUUCUAUAUUUGGUGAUUAGGGUUUAGGGUUUUAGGAUACUAAUUAAUGGAUAUAUAGUACUACUAAUUAACUGUGGUAAUUCUUUUGCAUUAAGAUUGUGCUAA